GCCAAAAAGGUUGGUUUUUUUUCCCCGAGAGAGAGAGAGAGAGAGAUGGAGAGAAACGAGAGAUUUUGGCAGGCUUUGGGUCAUCGGUGGGUGAAGGUGUAUUGGAUUCGGAGGAAAGAUCGGCGUAAAUUACCUGCCAUGCUUACAAAAAUUCCACGCGGAAACAAAAACUCUUUUAUAUACGCGUACUGGUGCAAAACAAACAAACCAAUAAUCAACGUUAAAUUCAGAAAUCAGAACCCUUUUUGUUUUGUUUUAAAAAUCGCAGCCAACCCUUUUCUCAUUCGUUAAUCCUAACCCUAUUUAAAAGUCUCCCCUUUUUCUAAUUUAAAUACCCUCACAAACUCUCAAACGCCCCUCACCCUUAUUCUAACAACCAAAGUUCCUCUCCUUUUUGUCCAAUUCUGCGAUACCCAGAACUUUUUUUCUGGCUUUUUUUUUUCUUUUUGUUUUUGGAAUCAAAACAUUGUUCUUUUGGUAUCAUAUUGUGAAUGGUGGAAGCAAUUCGGAGGAGUAGUAAUUUCAUGCUCUCCCUUUGCAAAUCAAGGGCGAGCACUCUCCUCCCUGUUUCUGCAGCCUCUGCUUUCGCAUUCGGUUCUUGCAAAGAAGGCUGGUACUACCGCUGCCUCGGCCUUGACCCAUAAACACCCCCCAGAAACCUUUAUAGGCUCCAUCAAUAACCCCAGAUUUGUUUUUUGUUAACAUUAGAAAAAAAAAAAUAAACCCAUUGUUUUUUUUAUCUCGAUUGUUGGUGAAAUAUUCAUCCAUUUUUGUUUGUUUGAUUGUUUUGGAUUUUGAUAAAGUUUGAAAAAAAAAUGUUGCUUUACAAGCAGAAGAAGACUCAGGGUCCCAAGGGCAACAGGCUCUUGAUUAGCAUCACUGUUUUGGGAAGUGCCGGGCCGAUCCGUUUCGUUGUUAACGAGGAAGAGCUUGUUGCUGCUGUCAUUGAUACUGCUUUGAAAUCCUAUGCUCGUGAGGGUCGGCUUCCUGUUCUUGGAUCUGAUCUUAAUGAUUUCCUCCUUUAUUGCCCCAGUGCUGGAUCAGAUGCACUGAGUCCAUGGGAAACAAUUGGAUCACAAGGGGCACGGAAUUUCAUGUUGUGCAAGAAGCCAAAGACUGAGAAAAUGGAAGAUGAUGGAAAGUCAACUGAAGCAAUUAGUAGGAAGGGAAGUGGGAAUUGGAAGGCAUGGAUUAAUAAAUCCCUCAAUCUUAAGAUUUCUUCCCAUUAAUUAAAUAAUUCUCAAUCCUUUAUGGUCUUUAUUUCUUCUGUUAGCUUUACCUUUUAAUUUAAGUACUGAGACUAGGCUAUCAUGGAUAGCCAUGGUAGAAUGUUGGUUAUGUUUUCACCCCAUUUCUCAUUCAACUGAGAAAGACCUAGAGUGUUAUUCAGGAAUAAAGUGAAGCUGUUAUUCAGUGAUUUUACUUUGCAAUAAGAAUGAAAGUUUUUGGUGUGCUCAAUUUCCAAUUUUUGUCUUUGAAAAGUGCUGUGUUUUUAUGUUGAAUGGUUGUGAACUUGUGAUGGAUGAUCAUAUUUUGUCAAUACUCCUGAAAUCUUGUUGAGGAACUCUAUUGGGUUUGACUUACAUCCAUUGUUUGAAAAGUUCUUCUGAGUUGCCCACAACCUUGGUGUUUGUCAUUAGCUGGAACGGUUGCUUUGAAUUGUCAAUAACCCUAGCUCGUAUCUUGCAAGCUGCUUUGUGGGAUUUUCAUUUGCUAGUUGGAUAUGGCUAUUUGGCAAGAAAUACAAGACAUAGAGGAUGGACUGAAUCAUUCAAAUUAUGACAACAACUACACACUAAGCCUUAUAUCCCAUACUCUGGGGUCGGCUGUAUGAAAAAUCAAGACAAUUAGGUUAGAUUGUAGUUUGAAUCUUCUUACAACACUAAUUUCUAUCAACAACCACAUUUUCAUCUAAUUCUUUAACCUUCAUAUCGUUUUUUAUUACUUGAAUCCAUAUCUUUUGUGGUCUACCUCUAUAUAUUUUGAUCUCUUAGAGACUCAAUUCUCUUAACCGAUGCACCGUUAGGCUUACGUUUCAUAUGUCUAAACUAUCGUAAACGGCCUUCUCUCAUCUUCUCUUCAAUUUGGAUUACUCUUAAUUUUUCUUGAAUCUCUUCAUUUUAAUUUUGUCUUUUUUAUUCUUACUACACAUCCAUCUAAGCAUUA